AUGUGGUUUCGACUGCUUGCUAUGCUCAUUUGCGUGAGCUCAAUUGUUGUUGGGCAGGAUUUGCCCGGACCCGGCAAGCCAGCAAAUGCUUACAGCAAUGGGUCAUUCACGGAACCGAACGGCGAGCUGUCGACGUACCUGUUCGGGUCAUCAAUGAAUAUCACUUGGGAAACUAAGUACGAUACGGUGGAUCUUUCGUUGAUCAUAGGUUGGGAUUUCAGCAAUCGGAUACCCCUUGCACUCAAUAUCGCCCAGACGUGGCAUCUGUGGGAUGUAGUUACGAGUUCACAAAACUCUUCUCAAAUAUACACAUUUAUAAUAAUUAACGCAACGGGUUCGGAUUACGACAAGAGACACGGUGGUUUCUUGAGCGCCACCUUCUGGAUCCAGUUAACUUAUUCCGCAUCAGCCUCUUCUACUACGUCUUCAGCUUCCGCUAUAGUAUUUUCAGCAUCAAGUCAACCAAUGGAGAAUGCGAGUGAUGGCCAGUUAGCGGGAUUAACCGAAGGAGCAAAAGUUGGCGUUGGUGUUGGAGUAGGGGUUGGCGGCAUUGGACUCAUCUCACUCGCGGCGGGUAUGUUCCUCUACAGACGGUCGCGAGAUCGCAAGACGCAAGCGACCGGUAAUAUAGAAACACUCCCCCAAGGAACAGGCCCCGGGUCGUUAUAUUUUAACAACAACUACAAGACACCAGUAGAGAUGCAAGACACAGGGAGGAUGGAAAUCCAGGCGCGGUAA